AUGUUGAAUACUGUAUCUUAUCAAGGAUUGAUUCCAAUACUUUAUGUUUUAUGCGAAUAUAUCAUUAUUGCCCCUCUUGAUUACAGAUUAAAAGUUUGCACCCCGGAUUUCUUUGAUCGCCUCAGUUCCUCAAUAGAUGAAGCUAUGCCAACAUCUGUUGAAAAGAUUUCAUCUAUGAUAUUGGCUUUAAUUGAAGAUCCAAAUGAUACCGAAAGGCCGUUUGAUGAUAUUAUAAAAGAAUCGGGGAUAUAUGAAGAAAUAUCUGACUAUUUUGAAAAUAGUGACGAAGAACUUCCGAUUACAUCUCAUUUAUUUGAUAUUUUGGUAAUUGAAUAA